AUCAAUAACAUGACCGUGACGUUGACGUUGCUUAUAUCUCUCUAUCUCUCUAUCAACAGCAAAUUUGAUAUGUUUCUACGCACUUCUAACACUUAUUUUUCUUCUUCCAGCGAUAAGUGUCCGUGUCCAACAGCAACGGAAAUUAGAUGCAAAAUAACCCUUUCCCACUGAGAGGAGCACACAAAAAAUAAACCACCUGUUCUGUUUUGUGCGUUAUUUUUUCCCUUAAAUAGUGACGGUUAUUUUGGGACACUUUCAAAGUGUUGACGGUUAUUUUCGACCUCUGCGAAAGAGACAAAAAACACACUUGUGAAAUGUUGCUGCAAUGUUUCGUGAUAUGCCUCCUGGCAAUGCCCGUUCUCACAGGUCCUGGUCGAAUCUGCCCAAUGGAGUGCACUUGCAAAAUAGAUGAACAAAAUCGGCGGCAGGUUAUUUGCACAAAAGGUGGUCUCAGCGCUAUGCCAGUGGGACAAAUUGAUAGUGAUGUGCGUGUUAUUAUCAUAAAAGGCCCAGGAAACACCAUUACAAUUGGCAACUUCUUACAAAAAUUUAGACACCUUGAAGUGCUGCGCAUUACCGACUCCCAAAUACCAUCAAUGGGCUCCGAAUGCUUCUGGGGUUUAAUCAAACUACGUAUACUAGGUGAGUAG